AUGGCUGAAAAUCAAGGCUCAUGGAGGAAGAAGCCAUACAAAACUAAGCGCAUCAGCUGGCUUGAAUUUGGAAAAAAACAGGUUUUGUUCGAAGAAAAUUCAUGUGCAAGGAAAGUGAUAUUAAACAGGCCUACGAGGCUGAAUUCUCUUACAUUUCACAUGAUCUCUGAAAUGUUAAAGAAGUUCAAAGAAUACGAAAAGGAUUCCAGAGUGAAAUUAGUGAUACUGAAGGGAAAUGGAAAAGCAUUUUGUGCAGGUGGUGAUUGUGUAGCUGUCAUUCAAUAUUGCACUGGUGGUCAUUGGAGUUUUGGUGCAAGUUUUUAUCGGAAACAGCUCAUCUUAGACUAUAUUCUAGCUACACAUGAUAAAACUUUGGUAUCACUUAUUGAUGGAGUGGUCAUGGGAGGUGGAGCUGGACUAUCCAUGCACGGAAAGGUUCGAGUUGUAACUGAGAAAGUGGUAUUUGCAAUGCCUGAAGCUGCUUUAGGACUUUUCCCGGAUGUAGGUGCAUCAUACUUUUUGUCAAGGCUACCAGGUUUUAUAGGAGAGUAUUUGGGCCUUACUGGUGCACGGUUAGAUGGGGCAGAGAUGCUUGCAUGUGGUCUUGCCAUUCAUUUUGUCCAUUCCAAGGAUUUACCUUCAUUAGAAAAAGAGUUGGAAAAUGUUAAUUCUAAGGAUCUAACUAUCGUAUCUAAUGUCAUCAAUAAGUUCAUUGAAGAACCAUCAAUUAAAUCUACUUCUGCUUUAAGAAGUAUGGAUAUCAUCAACAAAUGUUUCUCAAGAAAAACAGUCGAAGAAAUAUUAUCAGCAUUGGAAAAUGAGGCUAAGAAUGGUGCAGAUACUUGGAUUGUGGCAGCAAUCAAGUCUAUGAAAGCAGCAUCUCCCACCAGCCUUAAAAUAUUCCUUAGAUCGAUCAGGGAAGGACGAGGACAAGGCCUAGAUCAAUGCCUAAUUCGUGAAUUUAGAAUGGCUUCUCAUGCCUUUCGCAAAACAGUGAACAAUGACUUUUAUGAGGGUUGUAGAGCAAUGCUGUUUGAUAAAGAUAAACAACCAAAGUGGGAGGUUGCGAAACUAGAAUUAGUCACAAAUGAAAUGGUGGACCAAUUUUUCAGCAAAGUGGAAGAUGAUGAUUGGAAAGAUUUACAGCUUGAUGCUAGAUCUGAUGAAGCCAACUUAGUCAAAGCAAGACUGUAAUGUUAAUGCAUAUCGAAGAAAUAAUUGCAUUACAUGCAUGUAAUACUUAUAUUUGAAUGUUCUAUUUGUAGUUCUUCUUUCAUUCCUAGAGAGAUCGGCAUUGUGGCUAAUUCUUUAGCCAGGAAGAUCCUGUUGACACCAUGGAUAACAAUGUGGCUGAAUCCUCUUUGGUUAAAGGAGCCUUCUGUCUCCCCAUCCAUGUGUUCUUCACUGGUUUUUCAAUAGAUCGUUUGUUA